CAGAGCAGAGCAGAGCGAGCAGGAAAGGAAGAAGCACUUACCUUGAACUCAGACACAGCGGAGACAAAGGGUGCUCAUUCAAAAUGAUAAUGAGGUCUUACGCUGAGAGAAAAGCUCUCCCUGGCUUCUCAGCCUUACUGACACUCCACACUCCAAAAGAGAGAGACGUGACCUCCUCAUCACCUGUGCACCUUACACCAAGGGACUCCAUCUUUACACCACGUUCUUCUACUUUAUCCCCUCCUUGGGUGACAGCGGCACUUUCGACACUGGAGAAAGGAGAACGAGAACUUCAGAGCCUAAGGGAGCGACAGCAAACCGAAGUGGAAGAGGUAAACCGUGAACUGGACGAUGCAGUGAUCGAAGCUCAGCGAGAAGAGCGCCGCCUUCUUGAAAAGGUGGAGCAGGACUACAGGGAAGCCCAGCGACACCUUAGACAAGUGAAGAGAGAAAAUGCUGCAGCUGUGAGAGUUGUGCAGUCACUGGUGGAUCAGCAAAUUCGUAAAAUUGGACAGUUGAAGGAACAGAUCCAGAUAUGGGGUUUUAUGGCUGAUGGAUCGAACAAAAAUCAGCUUCAAAGAGGCGUAGAAGAGCUCACACAGCCAUGGGAGAUCUCUCUAACACUGAAAAGGGUCAGUUUUCUAUCACGCCCCCAGUAUAAGACUUUGAAUUUUGGGGAGGUUGAUAUUCAUGAACAGGGUAUGACCUACCACAUUGGAGUCUGCGGUGACCAAGGACACAAAUGUGCCUUGCACUCAGGUGACACAGAUUUCUCAAACAUAAAUCCUCGUGAAAUCCGAAAGGAACCCCAACCAAACAGGGGUGGGCAAAGGAGCAGUCCAGUGGAGAACACCGGGGGAAACAAUGGGAACUUUCGUGUUGUCCGGAAACUUCAUCUGUCAAGCUCUACAGAGAACGAGGAUGAGCCCAGACCAACAAAGUCUUCCAUUCAAAGGAGUCGUGGUGUUUCAGAAUCUUCACAAGACGAAGAGGUAGAAUCAGUGUGUUCAGACUCACAAGGUCAAGAUCUGUUCCUGGCUAUUCCAGUUGUCUCCAGUCAAGCAGAAUCAGAAGGAGACGAGUCCGACUGCAGACAAAAUGAAAUAAAAAGACGCAACACAGUGAAAGGUAAAAGACGACAGAAAGCCCUUGUUAUGGUCUCGUGCAAAGAACCAUCAUGCCCCCUGGGAGAAAAGGAUGAUAAAAGGAGCAAUGCAACAGCUUUCCCAAAGGCCAGAUGUAAGGAUUCAGUCUGCAGACAUAGUCUUGUAGACCUUUCUACAAAACGUAUUUCUCUUUCACAACAGAGCCUCUCAAAGAAGAAUGCCUUAACGGAAAUGGCAUUGGACAGUGGAAGCCCUUCAUCUCCAGUGGACAGUGAAGAUUCCUGCAACACCUACACUGUAGAUACUCCAGAGAAUGGAUCUCCUAAGCAGGGCCCUUGCUGGUCAACCUGCACCACUGAUCUGUCUAGUAAGGAACAGCCUUUGAUUGACGAUGACAAGAUUGGGUGCAGAAAAACGAGAAGAGUCAGUAGAAUGCGUCUUGCCUCGGAGCCUUCGACAUUUGAGAAAGGCCAAGGAAACUUCACAAAAUCUAACAAGGGCAUCAUCAGCCCUAAAAGGCAAUCAACAUCUCAAACUCGGGUUUCACAUAGUUUAGGUGUAAACCGCGUAAGCAGAUCUCUUUCCAUGUCAGCCAUCUGUGGUGAUAAAAUAAAACAAGAUCCAGAAUUGGUGCUAUGCACCAAGGACAAGAAAGACACAGUUGACGUGCCUUUUGGGGAAUUGGAGGAAGGGAUUGGUUCAGCUGCCUUUGACUCAGCUUACCUGGUCAAACAGUUUGGUAAACAAGGCUCAGGCAGAACUGACUUCAAUCUGCCAAGUGGUGUCCAUGCAACUGCCAGAGGGCAGCUGUUUGUGGUGGACUGCGGCAAUGCCCGAAUCCAAGUGACAGAUCUCCAGAAGAACAUUGUGCAGCAAGUCUCUCCCUCGGGAUCAGAAAGGUCUUCCCGUAUCUGCAACUACUUUGAUGUGGCUGCAAAUUCAAAAGGCCUCAUAGCCUUGACCUGUGCUGCAGAGCGAGCAUUGUUGGUGUUCAGCCGUCAUGGACGCCUCCUGCAAACAUUUGGUGGCACCGUGACUGGUUCCACAAAUGAAGAGUUGGAUGCUCCGAGAGGGGUCACAGUUACAAGUCAAGAUGAAUUUGUAGUUGCUGACAUUAAGCGCGGCUCCUUGACUGCCUUAAAGUUGGACCCCAAAACUGGGGCUAGGUUAGAGCGCACAGUUGUAACCGGGUAUCACAGACCCUACUUGGUGGCAGCCUGUCUCACCACUGGGCUUAUGGCAGUUUCAGAAAGAGGUAAUGAAACUGGUCGGGUUCCAUGCAUCCGAGUCCUGGAACCUGGGUGGAACACUAUCAGAAUCCUGGGUGUGUGCUCUGGCCUGGGUCCUGUCUUGACCUGCCCCUGGGGCCUUUGCAUCGACCGUGAUGGGGACGUCUUAGUGGCAGACUGGGGAAAGCAACACCACCGUGUACUCAUCUACCCAUCAAAGGGUGUGGGCCGGCCUCUUGUGUCAGACAACCUCAACAGCCCACGUGGGCUGGCGCUUCUCCCAGAUGGCCAUAUGGUUGUGUCAGACAGCAUGAAUCACUGCAUUAAGAUAUACCGCUACAAAUGAACCGCAGAAGGUGGCAAGACCACAACAGACCUGUGUUUAUAGUUAAAUUUUUGGGCUGGUGAUUUUUCUUUGCCAUUCUGUACCUCUGCAGUUUUGGUUAAGUACUUAAGUCUUUUCUUAAAAAUAAAAAUAAGUCAUCUUUCCUAGAAUGUUUCCCAACAGCCUUGCAUCAAUAUGUACCUGACAGGGGGAGGUUUCAUGCUUUCCUUGUCGGUUUGAAGUAAUUUUCUUUAAUCUGAUCCUUGUCUUUUAAAAGGAGACAUAAAAUGCUCUGAUCCUCUUUUUUAGCCCUUAAUUACAUUUGUUGCAUACUUGGAGUCUCUUUGUACUUGGAAUUCAAUCUUUCUUGGUGCAGCGUAGAAAUCUUUUUAUUAUGUUUGGGUCAUAUUUUGCAAGCUGUUAAGUUUUCUCUGUUUUCCAUUUC